CCACGAAGAAAAGGAUUUUUGAAGUUCGGAAUGUGUUAUUCGGAAUCAGCGUCCAAAGACGAACCAGAAUAUGUAUUAAAAUCGAAAAAAUAAAAUUCACUUGAAUUUUGAUCUAGCUGAACCUUAAUCAACUCGUCGAGCUCUACAAACUGAUAUGUAUCCCAUUCAAAACGGUGAUUCACACUUGGGAACCUUCCCUCGUUAGUAAUUAAAGAUAUUACUUUAUCAUUCGUUUACAUAGUAAAAUAAAGUUUAGAUUUUUCUCUAUUCUCCCAAUUUUUUAUCUUCUAAAUGAACUGUUAAUUUAUUGCACAAUGACAUCUGCGAGUAUCCUGCUGUUAUAAUCCAUCGUUAUUGUAUCGCUGUUUGCUCAAAUUCUAGUGAAAACUGACUCCACUUCGAAACACAGAAUAUAUCGAUAGUUUCAUAUCUACUAGAUUCAUUUUUUGUUCUUGUUUCCUAGCUCUGAUACUUAAUGUUUUCUUAAUCUGAUGUAAAAGUUAUCGUUAAAUAGUGUUCUAUUUUCUUUGUUUAUUUUAGUCACAUUGAUGCCACGCGUGUUACCCAUUCGUCCUCAUAUUUUAUGUUGUAUUGUUCGACAUAUUGAUUUGAAAACACCUGGAAAUAUGAAAAAAUUUCUCAAUUUACAAAAUGAAAUUCACGAUGAUCUAUGUGUUAAACGUACAGUGGCUACAAUCGCUACACAUGAUUUAAAUUUAAUUAAAGGUGAUUUAAUUUAUGAUGCAUAUGAUCCAGAUGAAAUUGGAGUGAGACGUAACAAACUAAUUUCAGCUCGUGAUUAUUAUGAUCAAUUAUGGAAAGAGGCUGAACAAGAACGUAAAGCAAAAAAACGAAACCAAUUGUCGGGAAUAAACAAAUAUUUAACUCUACUUACUGAUAAACAAUAUUUUCCAUGUUUGGCUGAUAGUGAACGGUUUGUUAUUUCAUUACCACCAUUGACAAAUUCUGAGAGAACAAAAAUCACUUCUCAAACACAAGAUAUUCUAAUUGAAAUAACAAGUUCUCAGACAAUUGAUGCUUGUAAACGUGUUAUGAAUGCAUUAUUACGUGGUAUGUUAAAAAUACAAUUAGGAAAACAAAAUGAAAAAUUAAAAUCAUCAAAUUCUGAUAAUAUAGUGGAAUCAAAGUUUAAUAGUUUAUCUAUAAAUGAUGAUAAUAAUAAAAUAGUUUCACAAAUUCAUCAAACAUUAAUUUUACAACAGACUCGUAUUGUUGAUCAAAAUGGUACAUUGAAAAAUGUUUAUCCAUCACGUACAGAUUUAGAAUGGGUACAGAAUGAGGCAAGUGUAAUUAUUGAAAGAACAGUAGAAUGA